AUGACACCACCAUCGGGUGAUGGCAGGACUCCGGCCACUGCCGCGUGGGCGCCCGCUAUGUUUAGCACCCCGGGCACUACAAAAACCUACGUAGUUGACGGCCUUGGUACUUUUCCGCGGUACAAGCGCACUACAGUGGCCGACGCGCGUAGUUGGGCCCAAGUUUACACCAUCCUGGACGGAGAUACCUACCAGGUAGUUACCCAGCUCCCUCCUGGUCCGAUGGCGAACCCAUCGAUGCCUGAAGCUGCUGCUAUUGCAGAGCAGACGGCUGCCAUUGUCGCCCACGAGCACACCGUGGCCACUGGUGGAGGUACUGUCGCGGCUGCUUACAACGCUCAGCAAGCUCACCACGGCGACGCCUAUGCGAGCAGCGAUCCCGAGAACGACGGGAACUCAUCGGAUGAGGGCGCCGACAGCCGUUCAUCUCCAACGUCUGGAUCAGGCAGCAAUGGAGGAGCUUCGAGCACCUCCUAACCGUGACCCGGCU